UCAUUGUUCAAUAACUCCAUGCAAAGAUCCGCUUCUGCCGCUGUCGAGGCAACGCUAUUUGUGCAGGGACGCAAUCGUUUUUCUGGCCGCCUUCGGAAACGGCGCCUUUUGCACGAGCGCACCCGCGUGUUUUGCGUUGCUGAACACAAAAAACAAACAAACAAACAACAACGGAUGCGGGGCUCGAAGACGCGACUGAUACGAAGAAGUUCGUCCACGAGGGUGCGAUGACGGUAACGGCUCCGGUUACAGCUUAGCGCGUUAACGAGGCACUGUUGGAUCGUAUUCGGGCGCUUUUGCCGCUGCGCACCGCGUCACCGGACGACGCAUAGCGGGUUUGAUUACAGACAGAGGAUGGUGGCGGACAUGGCGAGCUGCCGACAGGCUUGUCACCUGGAGGAAGGAGACGGAGACGUCCCUGCUUCUGAAAACAAAGAUAAUCUGACAGAGAGUGACGGCAGCGGCUCAGAGAAUGCAGGAACAACCACCGAGGAGAGCUCUGAGGAGGAAGACGAGGAUGAAGGGGACAAUGCGGAUUCAGGCUGCGCUGAGAGGGAUGGAGGAGACGAAGAUACUGAAGAAGGCGAUUCGGAGUCCAAAACAGAUCCCGGCUCCGGACCUGAAGCAGAGGCCGCCAACGGGCAACGUGAGAGUGGCUUCAGAAUGUGCUGUGAAAAAUGCAAAGCCAUCCAGCAGAACCGUGGCUACGAGCUCGUUACUCCCAGGAGGAUCUCCAGGGGACGACUGCAGGUGCAGCUGGAAGCAGAGGGCACGUACGAGUGUUCGCUCACGGGCCUGGUGUUCGAAGCGUCGGAGCCGGUCCUCGUCCGGUACUCCGUCCUGUCCUGGUCCAAGUUCGGCGCCUUUCUCCAGGACUCGUGGAAGUUCGCGGGACCCAUUUUUAACGUGGACACGGUGGGCAAGGACGCGUCGGUGCUCAGGUCCAUACAGUUCCCUCACUCCGUCUGCAUCGCUGACCCAGAAAGCGAGAUGAAGUUCAGCGUCCUGCACAUAAAGGACAGGCGCCCGCGCAUCGAGCCCACGGUGGAGCACUCGGGCAGCCACGUCACGUGGAACGUGACGUCCCUGUCGCCCGUGGGGCCCAUCAUCCGGACGAGCCAGCCCGUGGAGCACCACGGCGUGGUUCUGCUCUACAAGCAGCUGGGCAGCGGCGCCAGCGGCUACAGCUUCCACGUGUACCUGGCCACAAACAGCUCCUCAGACAUCAAGGACAUACGGCAACAAGUGCAGGGCUACAAGAACCGCUACGUCCGCAUAGACAAGCCUCCCACCUGUAAGCUGGACGAGGGCAAGUAUCGCCUCCUGAGCGAGCCAGAGGGAGACAUCAAGCCUCAGGACCUGAAGUUCACGCUGGCGGUGACCAAGAUGAAGGGCUACUUCGAAGCCUUCUUUGAGCAGCCUCCUCCAUUCAAACUGUCUCUUAUAGAGGUCAAAACUGACGAGCCCGUGUGGUCGGCCACCAUCAGAGAAGGCGACUUGGGGGACGUGAUCGAAAAGAAGCCGAGGAAGAGGACGAUCAGCAGACAGAGGAGCAGCAGCCCCUCAGAGGAAGAAACAGCCUGCAAGAGGCCGCGGUGGAUCGAUAAGCCAGAUGGAGCGAAGACGCCGGCGCCGCAGCGGCCGGACAUGUCGGACAAGCAGCUCCUGCAGGUGGCCCGGCGGCUCGGGAAGGGGUGGAAGCAGGUGGCCAUCUACCUGGGCCUGAACGUGACGGAGCUGGAGGACAUCCAGGCGGCGGAGAACGACGUGGCCAUGCAGAAGCUGAAGAUGCUGGUGGAGUGGAGGAAGAAGAUGGGGCCGGGGGGGGCCACGGCGCUCCACCUGCUGCAGAGCGUGGAGGACCUGGACGAACUCCCCACCGAGGUCUACCAGACCCUGCAGGACAUGGUCAACACAUGAGCAGCCGUUUGACUCAACUCGACUGUUGCGCGUCUGGUGCUGCAUCAGAGACCUGCAUCUGAGGAGAACGGCAGCAGCGUCGAGCCCCUGGACCAAAGAUCGACUCGUCGAACCUCGAGCGGCGUCGCUCUUUUGAAUGGUUUGUGCAUGUGAACAUGUGGACCGGCGUCGCUCCGCCUUCAUUUCCUGGGUUCCGUAGUCCGUGCGGAACCGCUGAGCCGUACGUUAGGUACCUGUGCAGCCACAUGUGCGUCUUCAGGUUUCAUGAUGGCCCGUGGAGGUGGAUGAUGGGGUCAUUUUUAGUAGCUAAUUAUGUAGCCAGUAACAAAUGUAGGUGCAAAGUGCAGAAAUCAGGAAGAACCCAACCUGUGUAUCUAAGUUUGUGACACUCUUUAUGGAGCUGUUAGACAUUACAUCACAUUCUCAUGCAUGUGACUGAAUUUAUGAUCUAUUUUUGUAAACAUGUUUUGUACAUAUUUUUCGUCUUUUCCUUUACGUGUUUAUGUUUACCUUUUUUAUAUUGUGUAACUUGAAUGAGGGAUUUGUUCCUUCCUCCUCAGGCUGGAAUCUCACGUUGUGUGUUAAAUCUUGUUUGUACACUGUGGAAACCACACGCACACAUUUGGAGUGAGUGUGCGUGAGAGCAGCUAGAGCGCUUUGAUGGGAGCCUUUGUCCAAAGCCCUUGUUUCUGUUUGAUCCGACUGGUUGACUUUAUUUGGAGGAUAAAUGUCUUCCAUGGGAUCUUAUGAGGAACAGGCUCAGCAGCGACAGUCCAGUGACUCCAGUCUGUCCUGUUUGCACUGGUCCGACGUCUUAAGUUUGUUCGUCCAAAGACUUUUGGCAAAGUCGACUUAAUAAACUGAGCAGCUCAUCUGAA